GACAAAUAUUUUAACGGUUCACAAUGACAUAAAAUGUUAAUUUAUUUAAAGAAAUUUACAUUGAUAUUUCUCUCGUCAGUCCAAUUUCGUCCGCCCCAAUUCCUCUUCAUUCCAUCACCCUCAGAGUGUAGAGUUGCUGCGCCGUGAGUUUGGAUUUCUCUAGAUCUUCUUCUUCUCUCUCUCGGAGUCCUUCAGUUCUCAGAUUCGAUUGACGAUGUGUUCUACAAAAUCAACCUCUCCAUUCCUCAUGUUCUCCCUCAUCGUCAUAUUCUGCACAUUGUCGCCGUAUCUACAGACGACCGUGGCCGUGUCCUUUAACCCUAGAAAGGUGGUACGGAUCAACAAUACGAUCCCGACCCACAAUUCGAUCCAGCCCUCGAAGCCAUUGUUCGCGCACUGUUUUUCCAGUUCUGACAAUCUCGGCAACUGGACAAUGGCGGAGAAUGAUCAACGUGAGAUCCACUUCCGGGUGGAUUGGACGUGGUCGACUCUCUUCUAUUGCGACUUCUACUGGGGCUCUAGAUAUAGAGGAUUGCCGGUUUUCGACGCGUCACACGAUUUGUGCAUAGGGGAGAGGUACGUGUCUUGGAAGGUCAAGACCGACGGAUUUUACCUCAAAUGCGGUGAAUCCUCGGACGGCUAUUUGAGACACUUGUAUACAUGGAACUAAUAUUUUACCGUAACAUGUACGGGGUAGAAGAAAUAUUUUUUAGAACAAUUUAUUGUAAUAUUAUUAAAUUCCAUGUGGAUAG